AUGGCAGAGCCACAGAAGGAAACUUAUUCAGCUGUUGGUUCAAAAUCAAAGGAGAAAGGAUCCUUGAUAGAUGAGGAAAUUGGAAAGGAUUUCCUUAGCUCCUGGAAAUCUAUGUCAGUGACACAAGAUGAUGCUAUGGAUUUUAGUUUUGAGACAAUCUCAAAGGGAAAGAAAAAGGCAUUCAACUUUGACAAGCUGGAUAUGGAUUUUAAUCUGGAUGGUGAUUUUGACAAGUUAUCAUCAUUCAAAAUGGACAUGCCCGAUCUUGACUUCUCAUCACCCUCAAAAGAAAAUGCAAAAGCUAAGGGAAAAUCUAAAGAGGAAACUACAAGUGAAAAGCAACAAGGGAAAAAAAAUCACUUUACCUUCUCUUUUGAUUUUAAUGAGUUGGAUGGCUUUGAUUUUGAUCCAAGCCUAACAAAAGGAGAGAAGACUUGUAAGAAAAGCCAGGACAGCAAAGCAGUUGCUUUGGAGAGUAGUGAAGUUUCUAAAAUUGACCAGGCACUUGAGGAUGAUUGGAUAACUGCAAAACUUCCAGUAUCAAGCGAUGCGGCCAAUUUAAAGGCUGAGACACCCAAAUGUGGGGCAGAGGCACCCAAAUGUGGGGCAGAGGCUUGCAAUUCCAUAGAUGACCCUUGUCCUUCACAAGCAGUUCCUAUAGAGGGGCUUGCACCUGGAAAUAUGGUUGCAGCAGAAGGAGCAAGAAUUUCUCCAGAGAAAACAGUGGAUACGAAUGCCAAAGAAACAUAUAAAUCAAGUACCUUGUCAGACAGGGCGGUAUCCUUGGAACUCUACGAUCAGCAAUCCUUACAGAGUUCACCCAUGGAUUCCCUCAGUGGAAACAAUUCAAACCACGAACCUGUUUCCAACAUGCACGCAGAAGUUUGUUCUCAGAGAAGACGAAUAAAUACCAGUUCAGCUGCAGAUCAAAAUGUUAAUGACACAAUGAUAACCAAGGAGGGGUCUAAACACGAAAAUUUGCACCAGAAGAGCACAUUUCCGCUAUCAGAGAGUGAUAGAGAUGACAGAAAAGGGGCAGGUGGCAAUAUCCCAGCAGAAAUAGUUGACAGCCAAUCAGUGCUGGGUGAUAUACUUCUGAAAGAUAUUUCCACUGCAAGCUUAUCAAGAGAAAUAGUAGACAACACUGGCGCCAUGAAGGAUAUCCAGAAUCCCACUCCCGAACUUCCUUUAGUUUCAUCGGACAGAUGCAUCGAACCAACAGCCAGUGAAGCGACAGCAAGAAAAGACAAAGAAGCUGGGGCUAUUCGCUCUAGAUUUUUCGGAAGAUCAGAGGAAACCGAAUUUCAGUUGCAUCAACCAUCACCAACUGGAAAAGAGGUUUCCUCAUUUAGCAGCAAAAAGAUUGAUGACAUGCAUUUAUCUCCCGCGAAAGAGAAAAGGGAGGAUUUUGACGGCAGCGAAGAACAAAAUGGAAGAAAAUUGGUUGGUUAUUCAGAAUUAAGUUCCCAAGAGUUGACCGAAGGGAGGCCUGUUUUGCUGCAAAGUGAAAACAAUGUUGGAAGUUCUAGUGAUAUCGGGGAUGGUGUCAAUGCUGAUGUUGUACAAAAUGGUGGGAGCAAAUUAGUCGGUAAAUCAAGUGUGCAAGAUAAAGCUGCAACAAAAGGAGUGACUGUCCUUUUAAGAAGUGAAAAGAAUGCUAGUUUGAAAGCUAAUUCUUUUAACUACGCUGAGAAGACGACUGAAUCUGGUCUCCAGAAAUCUGUAAAUCUCAAACCUCAGGUUCCAAAAAUAGAAUCCAUUCAGAACCCGAAACUUCUUUCUGAAGCACCUAACAUAGCCAAGAAAACACCUGCUCUCUCUAGCUUCAAAUGUACAAGGACUAUAGGACCAAAGAAAGAUCAACUAAAUUCUCAGAGGGAAACCAAUUCAUUGAGAAACUUGGAGAAAAACAUGGAUACACCAAGAAAUAAAUCUAAGGUUGUCCUUCCUGUUGGAAAUGCUGAGAAAGAAACACCAAAGCUCCCAUCCUUGAAGCGGAAAACAUAUCAGGAAUCACAUGGAGACUUAAUGUCGAUGAAACCCCUCAAAAGGCUUUUGCAAUCACCAAGUGAAAGCAGAAAUACUAAAGAAACUUCUGAAAGAGUUGCUGAUGUGGAGGUUCAAAAUCAUAAAAAUCACAUGGAGGUUUCGACCAAGGAUAUUCCCUGUGACCAUCUGACCUCUGGAUUCGAAGUUCCUCAGGAGGUAAAUAUGACAGAACUGGAAAAUGAUGGGAACGUGGAAAAGGCUGAAGCUUAUGGAAGGGAGCUUGAAGAUAUAUGCAACAUGCUGAAAAAGAAACAUGAGGAAGCCAAAGAACUAUUGGUUAGAGCUAUUGUGAACAACAAUAGUUUACUCAUGCUUAACCAUCCCAUCUUUGAAGAGAAGAUUAAUAUGGUUCAGAAAUUUGCUGAGCUGUUGAUAUCCAAGGACAUGCCAACAUGAUCGAAGGCAAGAACUGCGGUCAUAUGUAAUCAUGAAGAAGAAGCACUCGAGAAAUUCAAACAAAG